AUGGGCGAUGUAGAGGUGUCCGGGUCGUUCGUGGGCAAGCUCCAGUUGUCGACGGGGCCACUGCUGUUCCAGACAGCGCUGUUCGGCAUGCACACAUUGCUCGUUGUCUUGUCGGUGUACAUUCUCACCGGCAAGGGUCUGAGCGUGAGACGCCGCGCGAUACUACUCGCUCUGAUACUAGUGAUAUACGCCUGCAGCACGAUGCAUUGGGCUAUUGCGCUUGACUCGUUCCGCAAGCUCAUCGCACAUCCUGGGCAAGCGCCAGGACCCGCACCGGCGGUUACGAUUACGGGCGUCGUGGCCAUAGGUGUGAACGUCGCGCUCAGUGAUGCGAUUGUGCUUUGGAGAGCUCAUGUACUCUGGGGUCGAGGUCGUAUCGCCGUUUUCGUUUCGCUCUUCCUUCUCGUCCUGACACCAACCUUUCUACUUACGAACGUCGUCAUCCUCGCAAAGACUACUCUGUCGAGAAAGUCGCUUGCGCAAACGGCGGGCGAUACGGUCAUCGGGAGUCUCGGAGUGCUAUCAUCGUGUGUGACGAACAUCUGGGCGACUUCUUUGGUGGUACUACGGACGGUGAAGUACCGCAGAGAGUUCAUGAAGUUCCUUCGGAACUAUCGGCAAGGACGGUCAGAGAGGGUGCUCAUGCUCCUGGCCGAGAGCGGUAUCCUGUACUGCGUAUUCUGGAUCGUGAUAUCGGCUCUGGCCUUCGUCGGUAUAGACGAUGCCCGGACGGAGGACAAGUCAUCCGGACCACUCAUGGCACAGUCCAUCGUGUUCGCCGGCAUGGCCCAGCUCUGCGGCAUAUACCCGACCGUGAUCAUUGUAGCCGUGUGCCUCCAAGGCGUCACCUACAACCCGAACAUUUUCACCGGCCAGAUACCUGGCCCAGAUGUCGAGAACGGGCACGUGUCGACUGAACUCGAGUUUGCUCCGCGCUGUCGCAGUCGUACCCCGGCAACGGUUAGGACUCGAGAUCGGAGGAGCAUAAUCACCAUCUCUGUCGGCUUACAGCUUUCUGAGCUCUCGGUAGGGCCCGAAACAGAACAGGAGUCGCGCGAGCAGUGUCAGCGGAGACGGCAAGAGACCGAGGAGAAGAAAUUUGUACGGUCCGACGAAGUGCUGUAA